AUGGAACCUAUCAUGGUUACAUGGUUUGAACUUAUCGAAGAGUUCUGGAUGACUUCCGAUCCUGGUGCAAUUGCAAUCACGGAUGCACGGUACUGUGAUGCGUCCUACAGCUCCAUAGGACUAUGUUCGCAAGACAAGGCACAGGCAGUACUUGGAAUUGAAAAUGCCGCGUUUCUUAUGUAUCAUAAUGCUAAUGAUAUUGUCCGUGGCAAUGAUAUAGUCGAGUCAAAAUAA